AGCUCCUGAAUUGUCUGAGGUCUGUCCGCCGUCCGCCACCAGAGUGGUUUCGCUCUUCAGUUCCCGGGGUCGGGGUUGUAAUUGAAUUGUUUGGUACGAGUUCGAUUCCAUGGCCCCGGACCUUCAGCCUGGGGGGACCUCCUCGGGUUUGGGUAAGUGGGGGUGGGAGGCACAGGCCGUGGACUUGGGUACAGGAUGGUUUGCUCGCCUCGUUCCCCUCUUCCUCUUCCUCUUCCACCUCCAUCUGUGACGGGGUCGAGUGCAAGAGCGGAAGAGGAAAGAGACGCAAGUAGUUUGGGAUUAGAGGGCCGGCAAUUCGCCGAGGAGUCUGCCAGGACAGGAUGAACGGGACUGUGACGUCGUAGUGGAGGAUCAGGAGCCGGGAGUGCUCCAGCUCGAGAGAGAGGGUGGAGCAGAAGAAGAAGAUGGGCAGUGCACGUAAAUUUGUAGGAUUAGACGCGUACCGAUGCUGGGGCAACGAGAGAUUUCUUGCACGAGUUGCACGGGCGGACACGAGAAUGUCUGGAGCUCGAGAAGAUGGAGACAUGGAAGAUUCGCUGUGAUGCCAGUAUUGUGGUGAGUGAGGAGUAAUCCGGGGUUGCGUGAAGCUUGACACGGGUGAUCUAGGGGCGAAGAAGAUGCGGAGAUGGAGCCACAGGCGGCGUUUCGGGCCGUGGAACGAUAGGCAACACAGAUUGCAUUAGCAGGAAUGCCCCGGGGAGGAGAAAACUGUGGUUGGGCACUUAUGGCACACGUUUGCCAAUGCGCCGUUCGAGCGACACGAAGUUUUUGCAGGUGGAUGGGUUCGUGGAAGCAUGUGAGCUGGAGCCCCGCGAGGGUGCUAGCCAUGCAGAUUGCUUUUACAGCUUUGGGAGUUGUAGCAGCCGUGGGGGUGGGCCUGGUACUCUUCAACAUUUCCCUCCAGUCCCAGAUGCAGGAAUUCAAGCUUAAGUGCACCAAUCGACAAGAGAUUGUAAAAGCGGAACUGGCAAACAAUCUCAAUACUUCGUUCAUGAUACUCGGACUGCUGGCGAACGAGCCGGAUUUGAAGCAAAGUACUUGGCUCUACUUUACGAACAAGACGUUUUUCCUUCGGCCGAAUUCGCCGCGGAUAGCAUGGCUGAAGAGGGUGAAGCACGACGAGAGGGCUGCGUUCGAGAAGAAGGUGAACGCGAGUAUUUUGCAGAUAGACGAGAAUCUGACUGUGACGAGGAGAGUGGAGGCGCCGGAGUAUGCACCCAUCGUCCUGGCUUCCUUCGAGACGGCGCAGUUUCUGAUGAUGGAUUUCACCACAUUCCCCGUCGUCAACCGGUCCGUGUCGAACGCGCGCGACUUCGGCACCAUGGCCAUGUCGCCCCCGGACAAUUCCGUGGGCGGCGUCUGGCGGGUGGGCAACUAUCUGCCCUACUAUGGGGACGCCAAGCCCUCCACGGUGGCGGAGCGACGCGAGACCAUUCAAGGCUGGAUCGGAGUGUCGCUCGAGGUCGAGAAGGUGUUCGCAGCUGUGCUCAGGCGGUACCAGGACGAUGUGAGCAUGGACGUGGCUGUGAUCUUCACCACGAAGGACCGGCAGGACUGGCUUCCCAGCUAUAACUGCUCGUUCGACAGGCCCGUCUGCGAAAUGCCGGUCUACGAUCCGGCCCAGAAGGUCGGACACAGCAGCACGGCCUCCAUCCCUUGGACUUACGGGCUGCAGAGCUUCGAGCUCCGAUGCUUCGCCCGGCACAGCAUCAAGAUCCACGCCCUGAAGAACGUGAUCGGCUGGCCGCUGCUGCUGCUCACCGUCGUCGUGCUGUGCACCGUCAUCGUCUGGCUGAUCAUCCGGAGAAUGCAGGCCGUUCAAAAGCACGUGAGCGAUGUUGAGAAGAUGAACGCCGACCUGCGAGCGGCGAAGCUCGCCGCGGAAUCUGCCGACAGUGCCAAAUCAAGGUUCCUCGCCACCGUGUCUCAUGAGAUCAGAACGCCUAUGAAUGGAGUCAUUGGUAUGACGAAUCUGCUUAUGGGAACAGAGCUUACUUCUCAACAGCUGGAGUAUGUGAAGAUUGCGCAAGCCAGUGGCAAUGCCCUCGUAUCCCUGAUCAAUGAGGUCCUUGAUCUUUCGAAGAUAGAAGCUGGAAAGAUGGAACUGGAGUCUGUAGCGUUUGACCUCCGAGUAGAGCUCGAUGAUGUACUCUGCUUGUUCGAAGACAAAGUGCAUAAUAAGCAGCUCGAAGUGCUUGCGCUUGUACACGAUGCUGUGCCCAAAAUCGUCUUCGGUGACAACGGAAGGUUCCGACAGGUGUUGAUCAACCUUGUGGGAAAUGCUAUGAAGUUUACGAAAGAGGGGAGCAUUAUGGUUUGCGUAAGGGUUGUAGACCCGCACAGUAGCUCCAGCCUAUCCUCAGUAGAUUCUAGAGACGGAGAUGAUAAAAUGUCAACCAUGUCGUUGACCAAAGUUACUGAGCAUCCUGAAGAUUCCCUUGAGAGCCAUAGUUUCGAUUGGUACGUAGGCCAGAACAAUGUAAAGUGGUGCGGAUAUGAUGAAAGAGAAUGUAACGGAGCGUGUAGAAAUUAUGUGGCUCCUAGGCUUAGUAUGCAACGUGUAUCUUUUAGUGAUAAAGAAACUGUUAGAAGGUGGAGGAAUUGGACUCCCAGGGCUCCCACAAAAUGUGAAGGUUUCGCGGGUGGUGAAUUAAAACCAUCGGACCAGGGAACACUGAAGCUGAUAGUGUCGGUCGAGGACACAGGCAUUGGUAUUCCUUCGCAUCUCCAACAUCGUUUGUUCCAACCUUUCCAUCAGGCAGAUAGCAGCACAUCCCGAGAAUUCGGUGGGACAGGGAUUGGGUUGUCCAUCUCACAGAAACUGGUGGAACUAAUGAAUGGAAAGCUUACUGUGAGCAGUACUCCGGGUAAAGGUAGUGUGUUUGAGUUCACGUUGAAGGUUGAAUCGAAAGGAGCCGAGAGGCUGGAACAAAGCAAAGCCGAGUGGUCAGACUUUGGGGAGGAGAAACUGAAGGGAACUAGGGUUGUCUUGGUUGACGAACAUCCCGUUCGACAGGAAGUUGUUGCGAGUUACUUACGCCGUUUAGGAGUUGAAGUUGAAGGUGCCGACGAUAAAAGAACGGCCCUUGAGCUCCUUCAUAAGCAAGACAUAGCACCAUUUCAGGGAGUCAUUUUGGAUUUGCAGGGUAUGCAGUUCGACAUGGCCUUGGAACUCGUUAAAUUUCUGCGUCGUAGUCCCAAGCUGCAAAAAAUUGCUGUGUUGGCCGUCUCAACGCCUUUAAGUGCCGAGAAGAUGAAGGAGGUUCUUGAAGCUGGAGUUACUCAAACAGUGUUCAAGCCAAUCCGCCGCACUACUUUAGCUUCCGGACUUCUGCAGGCUUUAGGAAUCAAACUGCAUGCGCCUUCGAGGAAUGUGAAUACCAACUCCAAAAUGCUUGCUGAUAAGAGGAUGUUAGUGGUGGAUGACAAUCUUGUGAAUAGAAAAGUAUGCGCUGCAUUGUUGAAUCGCCUCGGAGCAACGGUAGAAUGUGUGUGUGGAGGGGAGGAAGCCAUGAAUUCUGUGAGAAACAAAGCGCCAGACAUGCAGUUCGAUCUUAUUUUUAUGGAUAUCCAGAUGCCAGAGAUGGACGGUUAUGAAGCCACUAGGAGGAUUAGGCAGUGGGAGAUUGAAAGCUGCAUUAUUUGUAGGCAUGCUCGUAGACGGAGUAGAAGUAGAUCCGGCGAUCUGGAAUCUGGCUCGUUUGGCUGCAGAGUUCAGGACGAACAGAUCACGCAAAUCAAAAAAUGCCCACACAAUCGUAUACCAGUAGUUGCUCUGACCGCUGAUGUUAUGAACGGAACCCAGGAUCUAUGCCUUAGUGCGGGAAUGGAUGACUAUAUCCCCAAGCCACUUGAUCAAAGACUGCUUCACAAGUUACUGGAGAGAUUUUUGAACAACGAGCUGUUGGGAGGAUCGAAGAGAUGGAAUCACACGUAGCACUCUGGUUUGUAGUUCGGCUUUAGUGUUGUACAAUUCCUCAAAGAUUACGAUGGAGCUGGUAUUGGACUGACUUUCGGUGUCUGGUUGCCACAAGUGAUGGCCUUAUCAACCACACCACAUCAACCAAUUGUGAAACUUUAGGAGAGAACUGGGCUGAGAACGUUGUGAUCUCUUCGUCUUUCUUCUUGUUUCACCAUGCAGAAUUCCAGGUGACUUGGAACUGCGCGGGAAUAGCGGAGUCAGCCUGUCAAAUCCACUAGUGUAGUUCAGGGUGUACAAUUGUCAGUUUCUUGUUGUAAUCUCGGUAAAGCUUCAACAAGCUUUGCACUGGGAGAGAACAAUUCCCUCCAUAUCCGAAUCACUCUUCGGUGGAUCCGGAAUCACACUUAAUUUCAGAGAGAAUUAUAUUUGAAUUUCAAAGAGGAUAAAGGAUCCCGAACAAUUCGUCAGAGUAGAGACACCAUGCAAAGGACUGUCUUUGCCUGUGUAAAGUUUUUUCACUGUUGGCUGACGGUGGAAGGUGGGUUAGAGAAGAGACCCUGUACUUGACCAUGUUUGUCCCAUGCUUAAGACAUGGGACUUGGGCACACUUUUUUGACGAGUAUCAUGUUUAGAUCUGAAAGUCACGGUGACAACCGACAAGAUCUUUUUUUAUAAAAAAAAUCUACCAUGAUC